CUUAGUGCCAUAUAGUCCUAUUCAACAGUUAGUGUAAAUGAAAAAGAACGAAAUAUAAUAAAGUUCUUUUUUCAAUAUUGUAAAGAAGAAAUUAAUUUUAUCACAAAUGGAUCAAGCUAAUUUAGAUGAAGUUCGUGAGGAAACUGAAUGGGAACAAUGUUCACGUAAUCCAGAUGUUGCAAGAUUUGUGAAAACAAGAAAUUUAGUUGAAAGAAAUCGACUUCAAUCUUUAAGAUCUCAAUUGGACAAACAAUUAGAAUGGGAAUUAAAACGACUUUCUUUAGAACGACGUGAAUUUGCUGAUGUCUUAGAAAAUUUACGUAAACGUCAUGAAAAAGUUGAUCGGAGGAAUGUUCGAACAUUAAAAAAUAAUCUUAAUUCAAAUUUUUAUAUCUGUGAAAGAAAUAGAAAACAUGAUAGAUACUUGAACUCUAUGAAUAUGAACGAUAUUUUACCUAAAGGAUUAUUUAAUUGUACUACUACAAAUAAUAUAAGUAGUACAAAUUCAUCUUUAUCUAUUCCAAAAGUAAUUUCUUCGCCGGAUAUAACUAAACUGCUUAACACUCGCAGUAAUAAUAACAAUAAUAAUAACACUAGCAAACAUUUAAAUCCUAUACCCACAAUACAUACAGAAACAUCAAAUUCAACUGAGAAAGUUUCAAAACCAAAUAUUUAUCACUUAUUUUAUACAGAUUCCGGUGAAUGGAUACAUUUAAACAAGCUCAAUUUAAAUAUAUCAGCUCCAUCGAGUGCAUCAAAAUCAUCGGCUUCAUCAAAAGGUAUGAAAUGUACAAAAUCUUGGUCUGAAAAUGAAUAGAUUUAAAUAAGAUAUAUGAAUGUUUUGAUGUGUAUACAUAUUUCGAAGUUGAUGAUAACUUCAUUUUACGAGUUAUAUAUCUAACUGACUAUUUGAAUAUCAAGAAUUGCAUAAAUUUAUAUCUAAAUAUACUUUCUUGUUUAGCAAAUUGGUAUAUGUAAUUACAUAGACCAUUAUUUAUUUUCAUUUUCAUAGAAUUAAAAUAAGUGGAUAAUCCUAUGAAUAUCAGAUUUUAUCAUUUAUAUACUUGUAGAACUAUCAAGAAAAACAAAUUAUAUUAAUUAAAUCAUACAAAUAAAUUGUGAUUGGUUUAUUGAUUUAAUGAAAUAACUGAAAUCGAAUGUAUUCCUUUUUUUUAAAAAAAUUGUUCCAGAACUUACAUAUUUUGUUUAACUUUUAAAGUACGAAUAGUUUACUUCAAGAAUUUUCAAAUA